CCGCUUUAUAGGCGGAGCGCCGGGCGGCGCGGAGGGGCCCUCCCUGUCCCGCAGACGCAAGUGGGGCGGCGGCCCCGGUUAAAGGGGAACCUGAGGGCGCCGCUCCCGCUCCGCAGCGCUGCCCGCUCCGCUCCGCGCCCGCCGCUCCGCGCCAGCUGCUCUCCACCGCCGCCAAGAUGCUGAUUUUGCUGCUGGGCAUCAUCGUGCUCCAUGUCACCGUGCUGGUGCUCCUCUUCGUCUCCACCAUCGUUAGUCAAUGGUUGGUGAACGGUGGGAAUACAGCAGACCUCUGGCAGAACUGCACCUCUGGUACCAUCUUCCACUGCCUGACGUCGUCCACGAAUGAAUGGCUGCAGUCUGUACAAGCGAUGAUGAUCCUCUCCAUCAUCUUCAGCGUCUUGUCCCUGUUCCUGUUCUUUUGCCAGCUGUUCACACUUACCAAGGGCGGGCGCUUUUACAUUACUGGAAUCUUCCAAAUCCUUGCUGGGCUCUGCGUGAUGAGCGGUGCGGCCAUCUUCACAGUGAGGCACACGGACUGGCACCAAGCCUCGGAAAACACCUCCUACGGCUUUGCCUAUAUCCUGGCGUGGCUGGCCUUCCCCCUGGCCCUUGCCAGCGGCAUCAUCUACGUCAUCCUACGGAAACGCGAGUGAUGCUGCAAGGUGGUGAUGUGGCACGACAAGGGCACUGAUGACGUCCAUGGAGGAGGCGGAGGCGGGGGAAAAUAGACGAGAAAACGGAAAAGAAAAUUAACAAAAACAAAACAAAAAAAAAGAAAACCCUCCCACCAAACCCAAACCCAAUCGACCCCAAAUGGAAACACUCAAAGGGUUACUUGUUAAUUGAAGAUGUAUAUAGUAUCUAUGGUUUAAAAAGCCUAUUUAUAACACUUUUUACAUAUAUGUACAUAGUAUUGUUUGCUUUUGUUGACCAUACGCUAUGUUUUAAAGCCUAAAGCAAGUGCCUAAGGAACUAUUACUCCUAACAGUGUAACAAGAGCGUGGUGAUUUUCUCUCAUGCAAAAUCCUCUUUGGCCUGAACUUUCUUUUCCCAUGCCAGCCCCUAUCCAACCACCAGAAGUCCCCAGCUCUGGCUGGUUUUAGGUUGGCAAAAAGCAGAAUUAGGCCUGUUUAUGCUAACCUGAGGGCUGGUCCUCCCUCCUGCCACAUGCUGUGUUCCUUGUAACUAAAGUGCACGUCCAGAUCUGAUGGGAGAUGCUUCCAAAAGGUUUGAAGGAUUUUGGAGUGAAGGCUUUGAUCGCCCCAAGUGCCUAAAUGACUUAUGUGCCUAAGUCCCGUUGCCUUGCCACCACACCCGCUGGGAAUUUGGGCUUUUAAAUCACUUAGGUGGAAUUGCAAUCCAGCGCGGGCUCUGUGGGUGCCCCCGGUGCUGGUGGGGCAGGGGUGUGUGCUGAGCCGAGCCCAGAUGUCGGGGCAUUGAUGCUCCCAACCAUGAAACGUGCUUUAUCCUUGCCGUGGAGCUAGGCUGCCAAUGAGAAAGAAGUAAACCCAGACUAUCUAUGAAAUCAAAUAACAGAUAUAUGAAAUGGUGCUAUCUAUUUACCAUUCCUUGUAUUGCUAGCCAUUUAACCUUAUUCACUGGAAAUUCAGUUAACGAUCUUGAGGUAAACAACAAAGCUAGAAAUGAGAAAUAAUUCUGUGUAAUAUACAUGAGCUGUAACUGCUUUUGUACUUAGACUUGCUCUUACUAUUAUUUUUAAUAAAGCAUUUAUAACCAA